AAGAGAACAACAGCGAGACAUCAACUGAGAGACUCCAGGAGAACAACAGCGAGACAUCAACUGAGAAACUGCAGGAGAACAACAGCGAGACAUCAACUGAGAAACUGCAGGAGAACAACAGCGAGACAUCAACUGAGAAACUGUAGGAGAACAACAGUGAGACAUCAACUGAGAGACUCCAGGAGAACUACAACAAAAUUGAAGUCUAACAUGUCUUUAAAGAUCAGAGCUAUGAAUAUUUUCAUGACCCUCAUCCUCUUUGAGGUUGUAUCUUCAACAGAAGAGGUUGUCCACCUUCGAGAGAAGAGAGGAACAAGGACAUACAAGUCCUUGUGUAGUGAAAAGUCCUCCGGAAGAGUCUUCAAGGACAAUGAAACCUGGCUGCGCCCUGCAGGACGGAGGGUAGAGUUCUGUCGCUGUGAGGAUGGGCGGAAUCAAUGUCAUAGUGUGCCAUUCAUGAGUAAGGGCAGAAUAAAA